AUGCUGACUAAAGGUUUUGUUCUGUUCUUGUUAUUUAGUACACUUCUUGCUGAUAAUGGUUGUACUGGCCCUGUUCAGGUGAGAUCAGAAAAAGAUGUAAACGAUAUACGCCAUUGUCAGACAUUUGAAGGAUCUAUUACUAUUCAAAAUGCAUCUCUUGGUGACGAAAUCAAUCUAUCCCAAUUACAGCAAGUUCAUGGUGACUUGGUCUUUGAUAACAAUCCAAACAUGAGGCAGAUCAUACUAGCCAGUUUAAGGCAAAUCACUGGCCAACUAAAAAUACAAAACAAUCUCGAGUUAAAACGACUAGAUUUGACACAACUGGGAGUUGUUCGAUCAUUGGAGAUAUCUGUUGAGCCUUCUUUGGAUGCCAUCUUGUUUCCCUCUGGAUUAUCACAAAUUGAGAGUCUGACAGUGACUGAUACCCUAGCGAAUCGAAUUGAAGGAAUCAUGGCCAGUGAAAUCAAAGAUAUCCAUAUAGCCAACAAUAAAAACCUUCAAAAAAUCAACUUGAGCCAUUUGCAACAAGUAGGCAAUAUGACAAUUGCAGCCAAUGCAGUGAAUGCAUCACUCGAUAUUUCUGCAUUAACAAGCAUUUACCAUGGUGAUUUCCGUAACCUGGAAAAAGUCAUUGGCCUUGAAAAAAUCAACCAAGUUACUGGCGGUCUCUCUUUUGUAGCCAAUGGUUUCUCCUCCCUUGCUUUGCCCAAUGUUACUCGGAUAACGGGCACAUUGACUGUUUCAAAUAACUUACAGCUUGGCAACCUGUCUGUACCUCAUCUUGCAUUAUUAGGAGGAGCACUUUCCUUGUCCAACAAUAGCCAGCUCACAGAAAUAAAAGUGCCUGGACUAGAACAGGUGGAUGGAACAGUAGAUUUGACAGGCAAUUUUGAUAGAGUGGAUCUGCCUAGCCUAAAAGAUGUUCGAGGUGGCAUGAAUUCAACAAGCUCAAAGGAGGUGUUACCAAGGGCCAUGAAUUCACCUGUAAAUCAAACAUAG